AUGGCAGCCGUGGUGCUGAGGUCCUGCAGUAAAGGAUUUGCUCACAUUUUGACGAAUAGAGGAGUCGCUACUAUCUUGCCAAAUACUUUGGGAGGUGAGUAUGAUACUACAGUUCAUAAUGUAACGACUUCACUGGAAAAUGUAUAGGCUACGGAAUUAUGCCGCGUUCAAAACAACUGGGAACUCGGUAAAAUACGAGGUCAAAUCAUUACAUCAGUGAUGUUCAUGUCGGAAAGUUGGAGCUCUAGAAAGAGGCCCGAGUUCCCGAGUUGGAAUUCCGAGUUGGAUGACCGUUCAAAAGAUUUUUCCCAGUCGGAGCUCGUUUCUUUUCAAGGUCCCAGUUGUUUUGAACGCUUGAAGUCGGAUAUUUCCGAGUUCCGAGUUCCCAGGUGUUUUGAACGCGGCAUUAAAAAGUACAGGAGGGGGGAGUGGCAGAGGCAGGCCCGGUCAUCUGAAUAUAUUUUGGUUUUCUCAUGCGCAUAUAAACUGUGCAGCAUCUGCGCGUGUUCUAAGAUCUCGCACAAUGGUGGAAGGGAUAAUCUUCCAAGUGGCACUACAGUUCCAGUUUAAAAACGCAGGGUAGCCUAGUUUUUAGACAAGACAAUCAAUGCAAAUGCUGGUAAAUUAAGUAUAGCUUUUAUCAUACCAUUUUGUUUUAAUGUGGUAAUGUAAUGUUAUUCUAAUGUUCUCAAUUUCUUGUAUUGAGGAAAGUAACAAAAGUUUCCACCUGAAUUGCAUUGCAUCAUAGGCUAUUCCGUAUCUGUCUCUGUUCAGUCGGUUUUCAAAAUGUUACAUAAGAAUGCCUUAGCUGAUCAUUCCUUGGUUGACUACUUGCUGAUUUUAUCUUUCAAGGGUAUUGCAUGAAUCACCCAUAUAAAACCUACAUUUUUAUAAGACACACUCCAUUCUCAUCUUUUGCAUUAAAUAACUUUUUAUAAAUAUGUCAUAGUCAAUUGACACAACUGAGUGUGUGUGUGUCCUACAGGGGUGAGACAGAAGUCCUCUGUGCAGUAUGUGACAAGGCCAGAGCUCCCCAAGCUGGCCUACCGCAGGGUAAAGGGGAAGAGUCCAGGUGUGGUCUUCCUGCCUGGGUAUGGAUCCAACAUGAACGGCCUGAAAGCUGAGGCCCUGGAGGAGUUCUGCAGGUCACUAGGACAUUCAUACCUAAGGUACUGUACAUUACACGGUCACCCUAAGGCCAUGCAAAUUUAAUUUAAGACCCUAAGGCCAUACAAAUGAGGUUCAUUACCUCCCCCCAACCUAUAUUUUAAGUAUGGUACGCAAAUAGACCACCCUCUAACGUGUUACUCAAAUAGAUUCUGUACUCUCUUUGAAUUAUUAUGCUAGCAUAGUACAGAUUUUGUUAGAUGCUUUAUUGUAUUUCUGACUGUGGUUCUCCAGGCUCAUGUUGUGUUUGUUUCCCCAGGUUUGAUUACACAGGCCAUGGGUUAUCAGAGGGGGUGUUCACUAAAGGGACCAUCGGCACCUGGAAGAAAGACGUCCUCUUUGUGUUGGAUGAACUAGCAGAGGGGCCACAGGUGAAAUAACUCUCCACUGGUGGAUCUAGGAUCCUAUCUAAACUAGCCUUUAGAUGCAGUUGAAGUCGGAAGUUUACAUACACUUAGGUUGGAGUCAUUAAAAUUCGUUUUUCAACCACUCCACAAAUUUCGUGUUAACAAACUAUAGUUUUGGCAAGUCGGUUAGGACAUCUACUUUGUGCAUGACACAAGUAAUUUCUCCAACAAUUGUUUACAGACAGAUUAUUUCACUUAUAAUUCACUGUAUCACAAUUCCAGUGGGUCAGAAGUUUACAUACACUAAGAUGACUGUGCCUUUAAACAGCUUGGAAAAUUCCAGAAAAUGAUGUCAUGGAUUUAGAAGCUUCUGAUAGGCUAAUUGACAUCAUUUGAGUCAAUCGGAGGUGUACAGUGAGGGAAAAAAAUAUUUGAUCCCCUGCUGAUUUUGUACGUUUGCCCACUGACAAAGAAAUGAUCAGUCUAUAAUUUGAAUGGUAGGUUUAUUUGAACAGUGAGAGACAGAAUAACAACAACAAAAUCCAGAAAAACGCAUGUCAAAAAUGUUAUAAAUUGAUUUAUAACAUUUUUUAUUGCAUAUAUCCAGUUAUAGACCGUCCCUUUAUAACACAGUUAUAGACCGUCCCUUUAUAAUCCAGUUAUAGACCGUCCCUUUAUAACCCAGUUAUAGACCGUUCCUUUAUAACCCAGUUAUAGACCGUCCCUUUAUAAUCCAGUUAUAGACCGUCCCGUUAUAACCCAGUUAUAGACCGUCCCGUUAUAACCCAGUUAUAGACCGUCCCGUUAUAACCCAGUUAUAGACCGUCCCUUUAUAACCCAGUUAUAGACUGUCCCGUUAUAACCCAGUUAUAGACCGUCCCUUUAUAAUCCAGUUAUAGACCGUCCCUUUAUAAUCCAGUUAUAGACCGUCCCUUUAUAAUCCAGUUAUAGACCGUCCCUUUAUAACCCAGUUAUAGACCGUCCCGUUAUAACCCAGUUAUAGACCGUCCCGUUAUAACCCAGUUAUAGACCGUCCCUUUAUAACCCAGUUAUAGACCGUCCCGUUAUAACCCAGUUAUAGACCGUCCCUUUAUAAUCCAGUUAUAGACCGUCCCUUUAUAACCCAGUUAUAGACCGUCCCUUUAUAACCCAGUUAUAGACCGUUCCUUUAUAACCCAGUUAUUAGACCGUUCCUUUAUAACCCAGUUAUAGACCGUCCCUUUAUAACCCAGUUAUAGACCGUCCCUUUAUAACCCAGUUAUAGACCGUCCCUUUAUAACACAGUUAUAGACCGUCCCUUUAUAACACAGUUAUAGACCGUCCCUUUAUAACACAGUUAUAGACCGUCCCUUUAUAACACAGUUAUAGACCGUCCCUUUAUAACACAGUUAUAGACCGUCCCUUUAUAACAGUUAUAGACCGUCCCUUUAUAACACAGUUAUAGACCGUCCCUUUAUAAUCCAGUUAUAGACCGUCCCUUUAUAAUCCAGUUAUUGACCGUCCCUUUAUAACACAGUUAUUGACCGUCCCUUUAUAAUCCAGUUAUAGACCGUCCCUUUAUAACCCAGUUAUAGACCGUCCCUUUAUAACCCAGUUAUAGACCGUCCCUUUAUAAUCCAGUUAUAGACCGUCCCUUUAUAACCCAGUUAUAGACCGUCCCUUUAUAAUCCAGUUAUUGACCGUCCCUUUAUAAUCCAGUUAUAGACCGUCCCUUUAUAACACAGUUAUAGACCGUCCCUUUAUAAUCCAGUUGUAGACCGUCCCGUUAUAACCCAGUUAUAGACCGUCCCGUUAUAACCCAGUUAUAGACUGUCCCCUGAGUCGAUGAUGGCUCUGAAAGCCUUUGGGAGUGGGUCUGUGGAUUUGGAUUUUUUAUUAACCCAUCCACCCCCACUCUUCAGAGGACACAUAUGUUGUUUGUUUUUUACAGCUUUUCUGCUACAUACAGUGAGGGAAAAAAGUAUUUGAUCCCCUGCUGAUUUUGAAUGUUUACCCACUGACAAAGACAUGAUCAGUCUAUAAUUUUAGUAGUAGGUUUAUUUGAACAGUGAGAGACAGAAUAACAACAACAAAAUCCAGAAAAACGCACGUCGAAAAUGUUAUGAAUGGAUUUGCAUUUUAAUGAGGGAAAUAAGUAUUUGAGCCCCUCUCAAUCAGAAAGAUUUCUGGCUCCCAGGUGUCUUUUAUACAGGUAACGAGCUGAGAUUAGGAGCACACUCUUAAAGGGAGUGCUCCUAAUCUCAGCGUGUUACCUGUAUAAAAGACACCUGUCCACAGAAGCAAUCAAUCAAUCAGAUUCCAAACUCUCCACCAUGGCCAAGACCAAAGAGCUCUCCAAGGAUGUCAGGGACAAGAUUGUAGACCUACACAAGGCUGGAAUGGGCUACAAGACCAUCGCCAAGCAGCUUGAUGAGAAGGUGACAACAGUUGGUGCGAUUAUUCGCAAAUGGAAGAAACACAAAAGACCUGUCAAUCUCCCUCGGCCUGGGGCUCCAUGCAAGAUCUCACCUCGUGGAGUUGCAAUGAUCAUGAGAACGGUGAGGAAUCAGCCCAGAACUACACAGGAGGAUCUUGUCAAUGAUCUCAAGGCAGCUGGGACCAUAGUCACCAAGAAAACAAUUGGUAACACACUACGCCGUGAAGGACUGAAAUCCUGCAGCGCCCGCAAUGUCCCCCUUCUCAAGAAAGAACAUAUACAGGCCCGUCUGAAGUUUGCCAAUGAACAUCUGAAUGAUUCAGAGGAGAACUGGGUGAAAGUGUUGUGGUCAGAUGAGACCAAAAUCGAGCUCUUUGCCAUCAACUCAACUCGCCGUGUUUGGAGGAGGAGGAAUGCUGCCUAUGACCCCAAGAACACCAUCUCCACCGUCAAACAUGGAGGUGGAAACAUUAUGCUUUGGGGGUGUUUUUCUGCUAAGGGGACAGGACAACUUCACUGCAUCAAAGGGACGAUGGACGGGGCCAUGUACCGUCAAAUCUUGGGUGAGAACCUCCUUCCCUCAGCCAGGGCAUUGAAAAUGGGUUGUGGAUGGGUAUUCCAGCAUGACAAUGACCCAAAACACACGGCCAAGGCAACAAAGGAGUGGCUCAAGAAGAAGCACAUUAAGGUCCUGGAGUGGUCUAGCCAGUCUCCAGACCUUAAUCCCAUAGAAAAUCUGUGGAGGGAGCUGAAGGUUCGAGUUGCCAAACGUCAGCCUCGAAACCUUAAUGACUUGGAGAAGAUCUGCAAAGAGGAGUGGAACAAAAUCCCUCCUGAGAUGUGUGCAAACCUGGUGGCCAACUACAAGAAACGUCUGACCUCUGUGAUUGCCAACAAGGGUUUUGCCACCAAGUACUAAGUCAUGUUUUGCAGAUAUUUAUUAAAAUGCAAAUAAAUUUAUAAUAUUUUUGACAUGCAUUGUUCUGGAUUUUGUUGUUGUUAUUCUGUCUCUCACUGUUCAAAUUAACCUACCAUUAAAAUUAUAGACUGAUCAUGUCUUUGUCAGUGGGCAAACGUACAAAAUCAGCAGGGGAUCAAAUACUUUUUUCCCUCACUGUAUACAUACAUUUUACAUAUACAUUUUGCAUACACAUUUUGUAUACAUGGUACUUUUAUAUAAAACAAUCACAUAACAAUAAUACAUUACCAAACAUAACCUCUUUAAUCCCACCUUUGGUUUCCAUGUGCCAUAUAUUUUUCAAUUGUGCUGUGAUAUUUUACAUACAUUUUGAACCUUUCUAAUCGUAGAGUAUUCACAGAUUGUGAGCCAAAGAUGAAAACCUUUCUUACAAGUAUUAUUAUAUUAUUUAUUGAUUGACUAUGGCUUUCCAAAUCGCCCAACACUGCUAUUUGUAAGGUUAAUUUUAAGUGAAUGUUGUGAUUUUUUUAACCAUUCCUGAACCUGUGACCAGAAACAAGCUACAUAGGGGCAAUACCAGAAUAAAUGAGUCUGUGGACUUUUCCAUGUGAAUAUUAAAGUCUCCAAAAAUUAGAAUAUUAUCUGCCAUGACUACAAGGUCCGAUAGGAAUUCAGGAAACUCAGUGAGGAACGCUGUAUAUGGCCCAGGAGGCCUGUAAACAGUAGCUAUAGAAAGUGAUUGAGUAGGCUGCAUAGAUUUCAUGACUAGAAGCUCAAAAGUAGAAAACGCAGUAAAAAAAUGUUUGUAGAUUUAAAUUUGCUGUCAUUAAUGUUAGCAACACCUCCGCCUUUGCGGGAUGCAUCGGUGAUAUGGUCACUAGUGUAACCAGGAGGAGAGGCCUCAUUUAACACAGGAAAUUCAUCAGGCUUGAGCCAUGUUUCAGUCAGGCCAAUCACAUCAAGGUUAUGAUCAGUGAUUAGUUCAUUGACUAUGACUGCUUUGGAAGUAAGGGAUCUAACAUUAAAUAACCCUAUUUUGAGAUGUGAGAUAUCACAAUCUCUUUCAAUAAUGACAAGAAUGGAGGAGGUCUUUAUUCCAGUGAAAUUGCUAAGGUGAACACCGCCAUGUUUUGUUUUGCUCAACCUAGAUCGAGGCACAGACACGCUCUCAAUGGGGAUAGCUGAGCUGACUACACUGACUGUCCUAGUGGCAGACUCCGCUACGCUGGCAGGCUGGCUAACAGCCUGCUGCCUGGCCUGCACCCUGUCUCAUUGUGGAGCUAGAGGAGUUAGAGCCCUGUCUAUGUUCAUGGAUAAGAUGAGAGCACCCCUCCAGCUAGGAUGGAGUCCGUCACUCCUCAGCAGGCCAGGCUUGGUCCUGUUUGUGGGGGAGUCCCAGAAAGAGGGCCAAUUAUCUACAAAAGCAAUAUUUUGGGAGGAGCAGAAAACAGUAUUCAACCAGUGAUUGAGUUGUGAGACUGCUGUAGAGCUCAUCACUCCCCCUAACUGGGAAGGGGCCAGAGACAAUUACUCGAUGCCGACAAAUCUUUCUAGUUGAUUUACACGCUGAAGCUAUGUUGCGCUUGGUGACCUCUGACUGUUUCAUCCUAACAUCGUUGGUGCCAACGUGGAUAACAAUAUCCCUAUACUCUCUACACUCACCAGUUUUAGCCUUAGCCAGCACAAUCUUCAGAUUAGUCUUUACGUCGGUAGCCCUGCCCCCUGGUAAACAGUGUAUGAUCGCUGGAUGAUUCAUUUUAAGUCUAAUAUUGUGUGUAAUGGAGUCGCCAAUGCCUAGGGUUUUCAAUUUGUCCGAGCUAAUGGACUUCUCCUCAAUAGUCAUAUUUGAUGCUUCCACGUUGUGCUGUUUAUUUCUGAUAGUGUUCAAAACCUUUGAAGAUGUCCAGUGUAAGCAGAUAUGCAAUUUGUUGUCAUCACAGUACAGACUUGGAUACACAUUAUCCCAAAUGCUAAUCAAUAAAAAUGUCUGUUAAAUACGCUGCUCUGUUUUGCUUGUUAACAGCGGGUCAUUUCAUAGGGAACUGUCGGAGGACCUCUUGUAUUGUUACAGCACCAACAUGUAGAGAAUAAAGGCGCUAACAUGGCAGCCGUUCUAAAACCUGGCCCAACUCUCUAUAUACAGGGCAUUCGGAAAGUAUUCAGACCCCUGGACUUACAGCUUUCUUCUAAAAUUGAUUAAAUUGUUUUUUUCCCCUCAUCAAUCUACACACAAUACCCCAUAAUGACAAAGCAAAAACAGGUUCAGAGAUAGUUUUUGCAAGUUUAGAAAAAAUAAAUAAAUGAAAUAUGACAUUUACAUAAGUAUUCAGACCCUUUACUCAGUACUUUGUUGAAGCACCUUUGGCAGCGAUUACAGCCUUGAGUCUUCUUGGGUAUGACGCUACAAGCUUGGCACACAGUUGUAUUUGGGGAGUUUCUCCCAUUCUUCUCUGCAGAUCCUCUCAAGCUCUGUCAGGUUGGAUGGAGAGCAUCGCUGCAAAGCUAUUUUCAGGUCUCUUCAGAGAUGUUCGAUCGGGUUCAAGGCCGGGCUCUGGCUGGGCCACUCAAGGACAUUCAGAGACUUGUCCCAAAGCCACUCCUGCGUUGUCUUGGCUGUGUGCUUAGGGUUGUUGUCCUGUUGGAAGGUGAACCUUAGUCUGAGGUCCUGAGCGCUCUGGAGCAGGUUUUCAUCAAGGAUCUCUCUGUACUUUGCUCCAUUAAUCUUUUCCUCGAUUCGGACUAGUCUCCCAGUCCCUGCCGCUGAAAAACAUCCCCACGGCAUUAUGCUGCCACCACCAUGCUUCAUCGUAGGGAUGGUGCCAGGUUUCCUCCAGACGGGAAGCUUAGCAUUCAGGCCAAAGAGUUCAAUCUUGGUUUCACCAGACCAGAGAAUCUUGUUUCUCAUGGUCUGAGAGUCCUUUAGGUGCCUUUUGGCAAACUCUAAGUGGGCUGUCAUGUGUCUUUUACUGAGGAGUGGUUCCGUCUGGCCACUAUACCAUAAAGGCCUGAUUGGUGGAGUGCUGCAGAGAUGGUUGUGCUUCUGGAAGGUUCUCCCAUCUCCACAGAGGAACUCUUGAGCUCUGUCAGAGUUACCAUCGGGUUCUUGGUCACCUCCCUGACCAAAGCCCUUCUUCCCCGAUGCUCAGUUUGGCCGGGCGGCCAGCUCUAGGAAGAGUCUUGGUGGUUCCAAACUUCUUCCAUUUAAGAAUGAUGGAGGCCACUGUGUUCUUGGGGAUAUUCAAUGCUGCAGACAUUUUUUGGUACCCUUCCCCAGAUCUGUUGCUCGACACAAUCCUGUCUCGGAGCUCUACGGACAAUUCCUUCGACCUCAUGGCUUGGUUUUUGCUCUGACAUGCACUGUCAACUGUGGGACCUUAUAUAGACUGGUGUGUGCCUUUACAAAUCAUGUCCAAUUUACCACAGGUGGACUCCAAUCAAGUUGUAGAAACAUCUCAAGGAUGAUCGAUGGAAACAGGAUUCACAUGAGCUCAAUUUCGAGUCUCAUAGCAAAGGGUCUGAAUACUUAAGUAAAUAAGUUAUUUCUGUUUUCUAUUUUUAAUACAUUUGCAAAAAAAUUAUAAAAACCUGUUUUUGCUUUGUCAUUAUGGGGUAUUGUGUGUAUAUUGUUGAGGAUUUUUAUUUAUUUAAUCCAUUUUAGAAUAAGGCUGUAAUGUAACAAAAUGUGGAAAAAGUUAAGGGUUCUGAAUACUUUCCCAAAGCACUGUAUUUGUCUGCUGUGGUGUGUUUAGUGACACAUUUUUCCACAAGGGGGCACUGUGUCACACAAAUGUAAUAGCAUCUCACCACCAUGUAAAGUUCACACCAUUAAAUCAGUACCAGAGUAUCAUAGCCUCCGUGCCAGGAUUCAAGGCUGUCCUAGACAUUAAUCAGACACACAGCUAGUGAAUGACACCGUUAGCAGGGCCAGAGUCACCAAUGGCUGAUAUUACUCCCAAUGUUCCUGUGAUGAUGGUUUACAGUCAAGGUUAGGACUACAGGCUGUGGUUAGUGGUUAGAAUCACAUUUGUGUUUAGAAACUGCUGUUCUUCUGUCCAUUGUAGCGAUAGCUAGAUAGUGACACCCAUGGUGCUUCUCUGCAGAAGACUCAGUUCAAAUGGAAAAAAAGGAGACAAGGAGAGGAGACAACGAGACAAGCCAAGCAAUCCAUAUCAAACUAUUGGUAUUUCUAUGUACCCUUGCUCCCUAUCCUAGGUCUAGGCAUCUUUAAUGUAAUCAUGUUUUUCCCCAUGGUCUCUGUUUAGAUCAUGGUGGGGUCUAGUAUGGGCAGCUGGCUCAUGCUGUUGGCAGCUAUCGCCAGGCCGGAGAAGACUGCAGCUCUUGUGGGGAUCUCCACGGCAGCAGACCACGUCAUCACAGCCUUCAAGUCAAUGUCUCUAGAGGUGAGAGAGGACAUUAUGAAAUAACCCCUGGAUUACUAUGAAUGACAUUAACUAAUGUACAUGUGAUUAUGACCAGAGUUGGAGCUAAUUCCAUUUCUAUUCAGGCAAUUCAGGGGUGUGGUGAAUUGAAAUUCAAUCAUCUGUGUGAAGGUCAAUUCAUUGUUUGAUUUAAAAUGGAAUUGAUCCCGUUUCACCACAGGUGCGUAAGGAGAUUGAAGAGAAGGGUGUGCUGACGGUGCCCACCAAGCACAGCGAGGAGGGCGCCUACACGUUCACCAUGGACUUCCUGAAGGAGGCAGAGAACCACUGUGUCCUCCAGAGCCCCAUUCCCAUCACCUGCCCCGUGAGGCUCAUCCACGGCCUGAAGGACGACGACGUACCCUGGCACAUCUCCAUGCAGGUGGCAGAGCGCGUCCUCAGCCCCGACGUGGACGUCAUCCUCUGCCGCCACGGCCAGCACCGCAUGGCCGAGAAAGACGACAUCAAGCUCAUGGUCUACACCAUCGACGACCUCAUAGACAAGCUGACCACACUCGUUUGA